UCCCCAAACGAAAACCCUAGCUGAGCAUGCUAUGAAGUCCUAAUGACACCCAACAACACAGCCGUUCUCAUUUUCAAGAGUGGAAGAUAGAGAGCAAGUAAAGAUGCAGAUCUUUGUGAAAACCCUAACUGGCAAGACCAUUACCCUCGAGGUUGAGAGCAGUGAUACCAUCGAUAAUGUCAAGGCCAAAAUUCAAGACAAGGAAGGGAUUCCACCGGACCAGCAAAGGUUGAUUUUUGCUGGAAAGCAGCUGGAAGAUGGCAGAACUUUGGCUGAUUACAAUAUUCAAAAAGAAUCAACACUUCAUUUAGUGUUGAGGCUUAGAGGAGGAAUUAUCGAGCGUUCUUUGAUGGCUUUGGCGCGCAAAUACAAUCAAGAGAAGAUGAUUUGCCGCAAAGGAUACGACAUCGUUUAUCAUUCUCUGCGUUGUUCAAGGAGGAGAAACCACCAUCCCCCACUGACAGAGAGUCUUGGAAAGAGAGGAGAAAAUUAUCUCUCCAAGAAAAUGGCGGACCUCACCUCAAACUCUAGUAAGAUGGCUACUCUUAAGACUAAACAGUGUCUAAACCUCAUAACUCGAUUCAUCAACUCUCGAACUCCACCUUUUCAUUACAAAAAUACCCGCACUCUCCAAACCCUAGCUUUCGAAGAAAUCCAAUCUUCACCCAACAAACCUGACGCGCCUACAGCUUUCAUUCUCCACGGGCUCUUAGGUUCUGGUCGCAACUGGCGUUCUUUCUCUCGCAAUCUCGCUUCCUCUCUUUCUGAGUGGAGGAUGGUGCUUGUGGAUAUGAGGAACCAUGGCAAAUCUGUUGAUAUAGAGGGAUUAGACCCACCUCAUAAUAUGUUUAAUGCGGCUAUGGAUGUGGCUAAUUUGGUGAAAGAGAAAGGUUGGGAAUGGCCCGAUGUUGUUAUUGGUCAUUCUAUGGGAGGCAAAGUUGCUUUGCAAUUUGCUGAGAGCUGCACUCGUGGUGAUUAUGGUCAUUCUGUUUCUUUUCCUAAACAGCUGUGGGUACUGGAUUCUGUGCCUGUAGAAGUAAGUCCUGAAUAUAGUGAUGGAGAAGUUGAAAAAGUUUUGAGGACCUUGCAUAGUUUACCCUCACCAAUCCCAUCACGAAGCUGGCUUGUGAACCACAUGAUUCAACUUGGUUUCUCAAAAUCAUUAUCAGAAUGGAUUGGAAGCAACCUCAAGAAAUCUGGAGAGCAAGAGAGUUGGGCCUUUGAUCUCAAAGGUGCUAUCCAGAUGUUCAACUCUUACAGGGAGACUUCAUAUUGGUCUUUGCUGGAACAUCCACCAAAAGAAAUGGAGAUAGGGCUAGUGGUUGCAGAGAAGAGUGACCGCUGGGAUCCAGAUUUAAUUCAGCGACUUGAAAGCCUUUCUAGCCGGACCGGGGAUGAAUCUGAGGGGAAGUUCUCGCUUCAUGUUCUUCCAAAUUCAGGGCACUGGGUUCAUGUGGACAAUCCAAAGGGACUUCUUGAGAUUGUGACUCCCAGGAUGGCUUCCCUUUCGACAUAAUCGUAUGGAUUUUAGGUUGUGAUUUGUAAGUCAGAUUUGCUAUAAAAGUAUGAUCAAAUUACCAGUAUUCCAGAUCAUUUGGAUAGUACUGUUUUUUCCCACUGUGAUGCAAGAGGUUGAUUUUUUCUAGUCAUGCUUGAACAAUAUGAAUAAUUGAUCUUUUCUUUGCAAGUAAAUGUUUGGGAAUGGUUAAGUGCCUAAUAAAAAACAACCAUAACGGAAGGCAAAUUACCUGUAA